AUGUCAUCAGCAGCGGCAGAUCAGCCCGUGGAGCAGAUGGAGACGGACAGCGUGCAGCCAGGAAUACAGGACCCCGCCAAGCCAUACACCUUCACGGGGCGGGUGACGUAUGCGACUGAGGAGGAUGCCACCAUGGUCAUGAGAGCACUGGCGGUAGACCCAGAGCUGCGGCCCCAGGCAGUGAGGCGGAAGCUGAGCGUGGAUGGCGCCACGCUGGUGCUCAACUUUGCGGCGAUCGACAUGCGCACGCUGCGGGCGGCGGUGGGCACCUUCUGCGACCUGCUGGGCCUGGCCACCCGCACACUGGAGGCCUUUGGCCCGGCAGCAGCGGCAGCAGCAGCAGAGGCUGAACCGUCAGCAGCGACGGAGGCAGCAGCGGGGACAGCAGCUGAAGGGCUGAAGCAGCAGCAACAACAAUAG